GUCUUGUUUUGACAUAUUUGCACAACCUCGAGAUACAUACUCAGUUGUGAAGUUUUAGCCGAAAACGGACAAAAUCUGAUUCAAACCAACUCAUGAAACUCAUAGCAACUUACAAUCAACUUUUUUUACGUCUUUUUCAUUGAUCACUAUCAUUCGAUUCUCGUCGGAAUUAGCUACCGUCUCGGCUGCCACGCUGUCAAGACUUCCUUAUUCAGUAUCACCAUAUUGGGCUUGGUCACCUCGAUCACGAACUUCAAAAAAGCUUUUCGCAUACUCAAUGUUCUCACUUCCGCGUCUACCAAUCGACGAAAAAGAUGAAGAUCAUAACGCGAGUGCUAUUGCUUUGAAGGCUUCGUUUCCAAAGACCGUUGGCUCUCGACAAGACGCUACUGGAAGCACGGAUGAUAAGGUUUUUUCACCUGUCUCCACCUCUAAAAUUGGACGUCGACAAUGGAAUGAGGAAAUCGAUGAUCCUUGGCAAUACAAUGCAUGGGACAAUGUGGCUUGGGAUGAGGAACAGCAAAAAUACGCAGAUGAUCUUGUAGCUAAGCAAGUGGCCAGUCCUGUGUCUGAUGAAUUACAAGAAAAGUUCAAUUCGGCCCCAGCAGAUUAUUGGGAUACUUUUUAUCUAAGUAGGAAAGAUACCUUUUUCAAGGAUCGAGCAUGGUUGAGGAACGAGUUUCCAUCUCUGGCAGAUGUAGUGAAGCCUAACAGUGGACCAGUCCGUAUCGCCGAAAUAGGGUGUGGGCCCGGCAAUACGACUUAUCCGAUCUUGGCAGCCAAUGAGAAUUCAGAAUUGAUGAUCUACUCUUUGGACUACUCGAAAAAGGCAAUUGAGGUCUUAAAGGAAAAUCCUGCAUACGAUCCGUCCCGUUGCACUGGGAUUGUAUGGGAUAUGAGCUCGACUGAGCUACCGCCUUCAAUUGUGCCGGGAUCACUGGAUAUAGCUAUCAUGAUCUUUUGCUUCAGUGCCCUACAUCCGGAUGAAUGGGCCCAAACUGUUCGAAACGUCUAUACCAUGCUGAAACCUGGUGGAAGGGUAUUGUUUCGUGAUUAUGCUCGGUACGACCUCACUCAACUAAGGAUGAAAGGCUCUCGUUACAUGCAGGAUAACCUAUAUAUCAGAGGCGAUGGUACUCGGGUUUACUUCUUCCAUAAGGGUUUGUUUUGCUCCAAUAAGUUUGAAUUGAUCAGAAUGACCCUCGACCGGCGUCUCCUCCUGAAUAGAGCGCGAAAAUUGAAAAUGUAUAGAAUGUGGUUACAGGUAUGUACCGACACUUUCUUACAUGCGAAAUCCUUCUGA